CUUCAAACCGAAGCUUGCCAUUCUCGUCAAUGUAUAUGAGAGCAAAAUGAGCCGAGGACAGCGAGGAGAGUCCGUCCAGCGGCGCAUCCAUAGAUAUCGGUGUCUGGGCCAUGGUCUGUGGUUGCAUUGACCUCUGUUCAAAGAAAGUUGGGGACUGGGGGUCGCCUAAAUGUUAAAUGUUAAUACACCUGUUGCCAAUCAGGUUGCUCGGGAGGAGGGCAGCAGCACAUACGCGCAGAAGACAUCUCUAUUACCUAGGCACGAGAACCAGCAUUACUUUUCUGAACGGUGCAGGAGAGACGAUGUUGUUUUGCGGGGAUCCACCGACAAUAAGCUUACGGGAUCUUCCUGAGCUGUAACCACUCUCACAUCCUCCUUUGGUGAUGCUGCGAUGCGCUUUAUAUGCGUGGGACACGCUUCGUCGAGGGAGAGACGCCAGCACCAAUUCCGUAUGUGGCUCAGCAUUCGAUCCGCUCGCAUGCAUUGGGCUUUCGAACUAAUGACUCUACUGCAUUGUCCUGCUGCUCCCCCAAUGAUCGGCUGUCUGGAUGGCGGAAAGUCUGGAUCAAUCGCGUUUGGAUCAUGUCUGCACUCUGCAGACUGUCAUUCCAUGCUAGGUUGUUCGCUUUAGAUUUCAAGCCGGCUUUUUUUUCUUCACUACUAUACUAUUUUUGCUGCGCUCUCUCACGCUUUUGCCCUGUUUUUGGUAUCUUCUUUAACCCCGUAUAGCAUCAUCCUGGCUGUCACACGAGACAAAAUCAAGAUAGAUUUCUUCAUGAUGCGGUCAUGCAGUAUGAGCCUUGUUUCAGCUCAUCGAGCGUGGCAAACACUCGGCUGAGCUCGGCGUCUGGUCGAAAGCCACGAAAAGAAU